GAGAGCGGUCAUGUUUCUGGAGAGUUAAUAGAAAUGGGUUGCUACCUGGAGGACUAUCGAGCUCGUGUGGGCAACUGGGCUGCAAGGACUCCCUGGCGCCAUGCCCAAGGCCGGGAGGUGAACGGACAAGCAAGAAGCUACAUAGGCAACAUGCUUCUAUGCGCAGCGGCUCUAGCCAUAGUAUUAGUAAUCGGCGGUGUGGAGCAAAACCCUGGUCCUGUUGUGGAGGCUGAGAACAUUCUACAAGUAUUGUGUAGUGGGUGUGAGAGGAACCUGAAAUCGGGAACACAGUGCGACACAUGUGGACGCUGGUUUCACAACAGCUGUGGCAAUGUAAGGGCCCAAAUGGCAGAGAGCGGGAAGUGGAGUUGUGAGAGGUGCAGGUGGGGCAGGCUUCGACAACUGGAGGAGAAACUGGAGAAUGCAAUGAAGCAGAUUGAAGAACUUAAACGGAAGAACAGUGCGCUGGAAGAUCAGUUACGAGGAGCGGUUGCCAGGGGUGAUACGGUGCAGAGACAACAAGAUGCUGAGUGCUUAGUGUUGGGUGACUC